GCACCCAGAGGCCGGCAUCAGUCCGCUCAGCCGCUCAGCAGCAGCAACAACCAGAGCCCCUCUCGCACAGCCGAGCCGAAGCAGUUCGUUCGCGAGUUCCUCUCAGUGCAUCUAAUACAUCCUCUUCCAACAACAUCAGCAGCAACAUGGCCGCCAAGCAAGCCAUCGUGUUGUGCGCCGCCGUCUACAUCCUCGCCCUCUGUGCCGACGCCGCCGUCCCGCUCAGCUCCCGGAACACGUGCAUCGACGCCCUGACCAACAAGGUGUACUCCGAGGGCGACACGUGGUUCACGACCGGCGAGCGCGAGUGUAUGAAGCUGACGUGCGACGGCGAGAACACCAUCAGCGGCCUGACGUGCGCCCAGUUCCAGGUGCCGUCCUGGUGCUCCAUCAAGCCCGGGAACCGGAAGGCCGUGUACCCAGACUGCUGCCCGACGCCCGUCUGCCCCGACGAGAACACCAUCGAGGGCAGCGCCGCCAACAACGGCGGCGUCGACGCCGUCGCCUCCUACGGCGGCUACCCCUACCCGCCCGAGACCCCUUACUAAAAAGGACGCCGUCGAGGAGUCCGACGAAGGGGAGGCCCCCCACAGCCCAGUGACCGCCACCAAGACUGAGUCGAGGAGAGACGCACGCGUGGACCGUCGAGUUCAAGGUCCGGGUUCACCUCGACGGUGACCUGGCGACACCCGGCGCGACGCGGCUCCUGCUGUAUAUAAUGUUGUGAUAGCUCGAGGCGAGGCCGCCUCAAUCUUUUGUGAUAGAAAGGAGGAGACAGACAGUCGGUCAGAACAGUGAGACAAACUUGAAUCAGUGCACAACGUUUGCCCAAACCAAAGAAUGAUGAAUGAUUGUCUUUUUAAUUUAUGAAAUGCGUGACUCUGCGAGUGAAUGUGCCAGUUGUACAGUGUGAAUGGAUUGUCGUUGUUUCAGUAGUGAUUGUGAUUUUUGGAUAAAGAGAUCAUCGACUGAAUUAAUUUAACCUAGUGAAACAUUAUAGUUUUUUAUUACUACAUCA